GCAAGCUCUGGCUCUCUUCGGGGGAGGAGCCAGAGGCGGAGGCUGACGAUCCACCACUGCCUGAUGUUCUCAGCCAGGCUGAAGUCUCCGGGCCAAUUGGAGAUCUGCCAAACAUGAAGGGCCUGGUAGCUGCGGCUAAGCUUCUGGUCCAGACAAAGAUUGCAGGAGGAGCUUCUGGCGAAAUCUCCGAUGCUUUUGCACUCUUUGCCCUGUCCCUGCUUCGCGGAAAAGCCUU